AUGGCGGCUAGCACGAUCCCUACAGUCCUCCUCGCCUCCGCCAUCCUCGUCGCUGCAGCGACCUACUUCCGCCAUGACACACGCAGCAGCAGCGGCCUCACCGCCGGAACACACCUCCACUUUUACAUGCACGACCAGUACACCGGCGAGAACCCGACGGCCGCGCUCAUCGUGCCUGGAAGGCCGCCGCUCUCCAACUCCAGCUCCACCACCACCGGCAGCAACGACGCGGACCCAGCCCCGCGCCGGUUUGGCGACGUCGCCGUGAUGAACAACGCGCUCACGGAGGGGCCCGAGCGCGGCAGCCCCCGCGUGGGCACGGCGCAGGGGUUCACGGUGCGCGUGGCGGACCGCGGCUCCGUGAACGCCCUGAGCAUGCACCUGGUGAUGGAGGCCGGCGAGCACGCCGGCAGCUCGCUGGUGGUCAGCGGCAGGGUCGACACCGACCUGGCCGUCCGCGAGUCCGUGAUCGUCGGCGGCACCGGCCGGUUCCGUGGCGCGCGGGGGUACGCGCUCAGCAGGAGCUUCGACUACGACUUGGCCAAGGGAGGCGUCGUGGAGAUCGAUGUGUAUCUGUACUAG